AUGCGUGGAUGGAUGGCCGCUGGUGCCACUGGGAGUAUUGCUGGCCAAAUUGCAAAGAUUAAGGGAGCCACUGUAAUUGGGAUAGCUGGCUCGAAGGAGAAAUGUGAUUGGAUAAAAAAUGAACUAGGUUUUGAUAUCGCAUUAAAUUAUCGAGACCCCGAUUUCGCCCAGCAAUUUGCAAAAGCGACACCAAACUACAUUGAUGUUUAUUUCGAUAAUGUCGGAGGAGAAAUAUUGGAUCUUUGUUUGUCAAGGAUUGCUAAAAAUGGUAGAAUAAUCUUGUGCGGGGCGAUCAGUCAGUAUAACGAGAAGGUGGUCAAGGGGCCCUCUAUGUAUACAGCAUUAAUCGCUCAGCGUGCUAAGAUGGAAGGUUUUAUUGUGUAA